AUGCUAAAGCGUAUCGCUGAUUUUGAGAAGUCCAAGGCCACCUUUGAUGAGGAGAAGGCCAAGUUUGAUGCAGACAAGAAGGCCGAGGAAUGGGGGCGUGAGGGCCUCAAAAAUAAACUUCAAGCAGCUGAACAGCAACUGGCCAAGGAGAAGGUCGAGUUCAAGCGUAUAUGUGAGAAGGAUAAUGAGCGCGCCUUCGCGGCUCGGAGCAAGAUUGUUGAUCUUGAAGCGAAAAUUGCUGAGCUGACAGUGAAGGUUGAAGAUGCGCAGGUUGAGAAAGCUGCCAAACAGCAGAUUGAGGUUGAGUUAGCUGAUACGAAGGUGCAAUUGUCCGACAAAGACAAAGAUCUCCGGGCUAAGGAUGUCGAGAUUGCUGAGCUUAAGCGUCGUCUGAAUGAGCAGAUUCAUAGGUGUGAGUCCUUGGAAAUCGACCUCGAAGCAGAAAGAGUUAAGGCUGCCACUGCUGAAGAGGCGCGUGCUGUCAGCACCGCCGCCCUUAAUGUAGCGCAAACCAACUAUUCGGAGGCCCAAGGAAUCGUUGAUACACUUGUGUCUGAGGCUGAAUAG